AUGCCGUGCGCCGAGGCCGACGAGGAGAGAGCGCCAGCCAAGGGGCAGGCUGCAGCUAGUGAGGCGCUCUCUGUGGAGACCAGGCGCCACAAGCAGCUCUCCAUUCGCACACACGCAAACACGCACUCAAUAGGCUUACCACCUCGGCUCCUCAGGGAGUUGUCACCGCUGCACCUGCGGUCAGCAAUCUCCAGCAAACUAAGUCUGGUGAUGGUUUAG